GCCGACGGCGAGGCACCCGCAAACAAGGAAGUGGUUGAGGAAGAGGAGGGGGACCCCCUUCACAUACCCGAUGACUUCUACUAUGACAUCGAGGAGGAGGUUUCCAGGCCCUUUAUUCAAGAGGAAUGUGGCUUGCCAGAAAAUCUUGUAAAGCUUUAUCACUCCUUUGGUUAUGACAUGCAUCGCCGAGACAAUCUGCAUGUUCUCGAUAAGGACCGAAUUUGUUUCAUCUCGGGCAACUACUUGGAGCUGUUGACAUUGAGUACUGGCGAAAAGGUCUAUGUGAGAUCGCUGAGCGGCUUUGGGAUCGGUGCAUGCACAGUGCAUCCGCAAAAGACGCAUAUUGCGUUGGCUGAAAAGGGGACCGAACCGAACACCUGCAUUUAUGAGUAUCCGUCCUUGAAACUAUUUCGCAUUCUAAGGAAUGGCACUCAGCAAGCCUAUGCCUACACCCAGUUCACACCCGACGGAAAUCUCAUCGCAACCGUUGGACUGGACCCUGAUUUCUUACUGACAAUCUGGGAUUGGAGGGAAGAACGCAUCGUUCUUCGCAACAAAGCCUUUUCGCAGGACAUCUUCCGAGUUCUCUGGUCUGCCGAUUUGCCGGGAAUUCUCACAACCGCCGGCACAGGCCACAUAAAAUUCUGGAAGAUGGCCAACACCUUCACUGGUCUGAAGCUGCAAGGCAACAUUGGAAAAUUCGGCAAGGUGGAGCUGUCUGAUAUUGAGGGCUUUGUCACUAUGCCCGAUGGAAAAGUUCUCUCCGGCUCUGAGUGGGGCAACCUCAUUGUAUGGGAGGGUGAUCUCAUCAAAGUGCAGAUUUGCAGGAAGGGCCAACGUCCCUGUCACACGGGGCUUAUUAUGCAGAUCAUAAUUGAUGAAGGAGAGUUAAUGACCAUCGGCACUGACGGCUACAUAAGGACAUGGGAGUUUGAAGCUGUGGACACCGCCGAAUGCCCAUCCGAGGGUGCCCUUUUUGAGUUAGAACCAAUGAACGAGCUUCAGGUCGAUACCGACGCAAAAUUAAUGUUUCUGGAGAAAGUUGUUGAUAGGGAAACCAUCUUCUGGUAUUGUCAGGACGCAAAUGGUGCGGUGUGGAAACUGGACCUAUCCUUCUCUCACACCUCCGCUGCGCCGCAGAAGAUUCUGUCCUAUCACGCUGGAGCAAUUGUAGAUUGUGACGUCUCACCUUCCUCAUACCUAGCCACGACAAUUGGCGCUGAUGGUUCUAUCCGCGUCUACGAUCUACCAAAGAGAGCGGUUUUGGUGGAACAUAGGUUCUGUGCUCCCGGUUCUGUCGUAAUUUGGGUUCCGAAAAAGAUUGACCCCAAGAGUAAGACGAUAAUCGCGGGUUUCGGGGACGGAGUCGUGCGUAUCCUGCAGAUCGGCCAGAGCAAGCGUACUGACGACUAUCAGCAGCCGGCUGUUGUUGCAGACCUUGAACUCAUACAGGUGCUGAAGCCGCACUCGGAUGCUGUGCGGGCGAUGGCCUACGAUGAACGGGGAAAGUUCUUUGCUUCAUCGGUUAGUGCUUCCACACACUACACACCUCUUCGCGCAUUUAUUAGACAGAAGUUGGAGCCCAUCGGGUUUGCAAGACUUCCGGCCGUUGCACGGAAAUUGAUUUGGCGAUAUGCCAAACCGAAUGAUCCAGAACCAACUCUCCUUCUCUUUAUGGACAACAGUUGCGUGAUCGAGGUCAAGUGUCCAAAUCGCAAAGCGAAGGAAAAGGGCACUUUUGAGCUGUUUGAUGUUGAACCCCUCAGCGGUUUCCAGAUGCAAAGUGUUGCUGGCGAAAUGAGGGUAAGAGAAGAAGCCGCGGAAAAGCGCGCCAAGUUCGAGCAGGAAAAGAAGGCUCGCGCGGAGAAAAUCGAAGAGGCCAGGCGCAAAGGACUGUUAACCGACGAGGAUAUCCUUCAGGCUGAGAGCGAGGAAAGGCGCAUGCUACAAAAACUGGAAGAAGAAAUAGCUUUGAUGGUUCCAAUUAUACCUGAAGUUCCCUCACCCAUCAUUCAAUGCAUGCUCGACACGAAAGACAACAGUUCUGUCUGGAUAUCUCUGGAUGACUUUGACGCGGGCUACCUGUACAAAUGUCCGCUUACAAAACUGGAUCCUCCGCCGCCCAUGACAGAGGAAGAGAAGAAGGAGGAGGAGGCGAGGAAGGAGGAAAUUGCGAGACGCCGCAGGAAGGGUGAGGUGGACUUUGAUCUUCCACAUUCAGCCCUCGAGAAGGUGUUGCAGCGUGUGAAGUUGUUGAAGCCGGCCCAAGUAGCCAGAGUUCGGGACUCGAAUUGGUCACCUCUGCGCUCCUGGAAGUUCUCAACUAAUGGACGGCGUGUAAUCUUUGGAUUCAAAAAUGGCACUGUGCGGGUUCAGCUGUUGAAACGACCCUACGAAUUUUCCAGUUUUGCUGGCUACUGGAUCAUGGCUUUUCAAGACAAUGACCGGGGCAUGGUGAAUAGUGUGCAGCUCAGUUUUGAUGACAGGUACCAGACUUGUGUGCGUGUGUGUGUGCUUGGUACUCUCCUCCGAUGA